AGGCGGGGCGAGCCCGGCUGCGCGCGCUUAUGACACUCUGUUGAGGAGCCAAGAUGGCAGCAGCCGUGUUCCGAGCCGCUUUGCCGAUCUGGAGGAGCUGCCUCCGUCGGAACUACGGGCGACGGAAGCUGAGCCAGACCCAGGGGCCUCCUGAUAACCCCGGCUUUGUGGAGUCUGUGGAUGAGUACCGAUUUGUGGAGCGCCUGCUCCCCCCUACCAAAAUCCCAGAGCCACCAAAACAUAAACAUUAUCCUACUCCUAGUGGUUGGCAGCCUCCCAGAGAUCCUCUUCCCAGCUUGCCCUACUUUGUUCGUCGCUCUCGGAUGCACAAUAUUCCUGUCUACAAGGAGAUCACACACGGAAACCGACAGAUGACCUUGAUUCGGAAGGUGGAAGGUGACAUCUGGGCCCUACAGAAGGAUGUGGAAGAAUUUCUGAGCCCACUGCUGGGAAAGACACCUAUCACCCAGGUUAAUGAGGUGACAGGUACUCUUCGAAUCAAGGGCUACUUUGACGAGCAGCUUAAAGCCUGGCUUCUUGAAAAAGGCUUCUGAGGCCUGAUGGUCAGCCCUGUGGCGGUGGUCACCACAGACUGGCCUCCAGAGAGGAGGUGGAUUUGAGUCUCUGGAAUGGGAUACAAAGAUUAGGGCUUAAGUACUUAGGAUGAAAGGGCUUUGAGAUAAGGCCUUGCUUUCAUAAAGUGCAAGUAGACCUGUGUGUCCAAGUGUCCACUUGAGAGCUGUCCCAACAUGGGAGGCCACAGCAACAAUCAAGCUAACAAAAGCAGACAUUAACUGCUGUAUAGAUAAUCUCUUGUGCAUUGUGUGGAAGCAUCCCCUGUCAAUCAAAAGCUGAUGGCCAGUGAGCUGAGGCAGGACUAGAAGGCGGGGAAUCUGAUAGGGACAUUCCCCCUGGACUUUCCCCUGGACUCAGAGGAAGUGGGUGUGGCAAACUCGAGGAGAGGAAACCCACCAGCCAUGCGGUGACGUAGUCUCGUUUAAACGGGUUCAAUGGGCUAUGAACUAGUGGGAACAAAACUAGUUUAUGGCCAUAAGUAUUGCACAUACAAAUGAGCCUGUAAGUCAUAAUUCAGGAACUGGGCUGAGCACCAGUGGAAAAGCCCGAGAUUACAAACUGCUGUCCCAUUAUAAACUGUAAUACAUUUCCUUAUGUUUGCUGUUCUGGAAGCGACCACCCAACCCUGUUCUGGGGGCUUCACAGCAUAGACCCAUCAGGGAAUCAAUCCUUGACCUAGAGCUCCUGCUAUAGGCAGGGCAAGGUGGAAGCUAUGGAACAGAAGACACAGUGCAGCGAAAAGACAUGGACUGGAGUGGAUGAGACAAGCAAUAUCUUAGGUUCUGAGUGCUGUACUAGGUAGGGUUGGGGAAUCACCCUGUGACCUGUAAUCAACUAUACAGGGGUGGGUGUGAAGACAAAAUGUAGACCUUUCACUUCUAGCACCCACCUCACCAGUCACAUGUCCAACCCACCAUUAAACUGGCUAAAGUGUUAAACGGU